GUUCUAGUGUUUUCUUCCGUAACCCGAAUGGACGCUGGAGCAGCAGGAGACGCCAAUAACGGGUGGUGCACGAUCGAGUCGGACCCAGGAGUCUUUACUGAGCUCUGUGAUGACCUUGGUGUGAAGGACGUUCAAUUUAAGGAACUCUACUCUCUUGAUGAGGAUACACUCAAGUUGGAAUGUGCCAAUGUACCGGUAUAUGGGUUAGUAUUUCUGUUCAAAUGGGACAAGGAAGUAGAAGAUAAAAGAACUCCCUUGGUGCCCCCACCAGAUGGAAUGUUCUACGCGUCGCAAGUCAUUAACAAUGCAUGCGCAACUCAAGCCAUUCUCUCGGUGUUACUCAAUGCUGAAGGAUUGGAUAUCGGCGAGGUCCUCACCAAUCUAAGGGACUUCACUGCUGGCUUCGAUGCGGACACUCGAGGGUGGGCCAUUGGGAACUCAGAGGAAAUCCGAAGGGCGCACAACUCCUUCCGACCACAGGCUAGCUUCGACGUGGAACAGAGGGAAGAAGGGCCGAAAGAAGAUGCAUUCCACUUCGUUGCGUAUGUUCCAUUCCAGGGUGGCUUGUAUGAGUUGGACGGUCUCAGAGGUGGGCCUGUAUUCUUGGAGGCCACCGACAGUGAUUGGGCGAAGGACGCACUGAAAUACGUUCAAGAAAAGAUCGCUAAGUUCUCCAAAACUUCAGAGGCAGACGAAAUUCGUUUCAACCUCAUGGUUGUGUGUGGGGAUAAAAUCAAAGCCCUCCGCAAACAAAUAGAUCAACUUUCGACCGCGAUGGAUGAGUCGUCUGCUGAUGUGGUCGAGUUGAAGGCUCAACUUGAAAAUGAGCAAAAUAUUCGAGCCAAGUGGAAGGCUGAGAAUGAAAGGCGACGUCAUGAUUACACACCUUUCUUGCUCACAGCUCUUCGAUUGCUUGCCGAAAAAGGGCAGUUGAUGGACGCGUUCAAGACUGGUAAAGAAACUUCCGAAUCUCAACGUUCGAGUAGACGACAAGCUGAUAAGAGUGAAUGAAUGUUCUAGUUUCUAGUUA